AUGCCGGACGAUAUCUCCCGAGCCAAAAAUGAUCCCAUCGAAGUCGAUGAGAAAAAAGAGGUAGUUGAUCAUUUCGAGCAUACUGCUUCAACACCCACACAACAUGGCCUUCCCUACAUUGAUCCUGCUCGCCGAGCUAUUGUUGAGAAAAGCCUCAAGCGCAAGCUUGAUGCGCGGUGCAGCUUAUUCGUUCUUAUCUAUAUUAUGAACUACCUUGACCGCAACAACAUCGCUGCCGCACGCCUAAAGGGUCUGCAGGAUGACCUCAAACUCGACGACACACAGUAUGCGACAUGCCUCAGUAUUCUAUACGUCGGGUAUAUUCUCAUGCAGGUCCCUUCCAACAUGUUUAUCAACCGCAUUCAGCGGCCGUCACUAUACAUUUCUGUGGCGAUGUUGCUUUGGGGCUUGAUUUCGACAUUAUCCGGAAAUGCGAAAAACUUUGGGCAUAUGGUUGCAAUUCGAUUCCUCCUGGGCUUUAUCGAAGCUGCAUUCCUCCCCGGCGCACUACUUAUCCUCUCCAAGUGGUAUACGCGCCGUGAGCUAACGACUCGGAACGCUAUAUUAUUCUGUGGCAAUCUCAUCUCAAACGCCUUCUCUGCGCUCGUUGCUGCUGGUGUCCUAUCCAACAUGCAAGGUAUAUUGGGUCAUGCCGCUUGGCGAUGGCUAUUUUGGAUUGAGGGAGCUAUUACCAUGGCCAUCGCUGUAGUAGCUGCAUUUAUGCUACCCGAUCUGCCUCAUAAUGCCCGCGGUUUCACAGAGGAAGAGCGCCAGGUCGCGCAGUUGCGCAUGAUUGAAGAUGUCGGCGAAGCAGAUACCGACUCCGCAGAUCAGGGACCAUUUGAUGGACUUAUGAUGGCUUUGAAGGAUCUUAAGAUUUACUUGAUGAUGUUGACUUUUACGGCCUAUGUCGUGGGCUUGUCAUUCAACGCGUUUUUCCCCACACUCACAGGCACCCUUGGGUUCUCAUACGUUCCUACGCUGCUUAUGAGCGCUCCACCAUGGGCUUUCUCUUGUAUUUUCUCCGUUCUAAAUGCGUGGCAUGCCGAUCGGACACAGGAGAAGAUCUGGCAUAUCAUGGGACCUAUAGCCAUGGGAACCAUUGGCUUCGUCAUUAGCAUGUCUACUCUGAAUGUCUCCGCUCGAUAUAUCGCCCUAUUCCUACAAGCUGGCUCUUACGCAGGAUUCAUCGUGUUUUACUCGUGGAUCAGCUCUUCGUUCCCUCGCCCUCCAGCCAAGCGUGCUGUUGCCAUUGCAUUGAUCAACGCCUUCAGUCAACUUGGCAAUGUUGCCGGCUCGUAUGUGUGGGCUUUGAAGGAUAACGGGUAUCGCAAGAGCUAUGGAAUUGUGUUGGCCAUGUUUGGCGUCACGGUUAUGGGAUGUUGGGCCUUCCGGUUUAUGCUUGUCGGCUUGAAUAAGAGACUUGAGGCUGCGGAAGUCGAAUGGGAUGCUCGUGAAGAUGCUGGGGAGCAGACGAGACAGAUCGAGAUCAUGGAGAGUCCAGAUGAGGCACUCCGGAUGAGAAAGGGCUUCAGAUAUCUGAUCUAG